ACUGCUCAUACGACUAGCUCGCUGGUAAAAGUGUUACAUAUCUGUAUCUGUACGCUUCACAAACAUGGAGCCUCUACCGGCUUCUUUCUACGGGAAAAUAGACAGGAAAAACCCCGUGAUCGCAGCUUUUGACACCGAGCUGAAAGAGUUUAUGGGGUACAUGAAAAAACUGAGCGUUUCUGUCAGCGGCGAUUAUGAGUCGUACGCCAGAGGAUGUACAAAUCUGUUUCACAUCUGGAACAAGUAUAAACCCAGACUCCCUGCCUAUUAUUACGAUGAGCACCUGCUGCUGGUCGGAGAUUUUCUUGUGCAAAUCAAGAUGUACAGGCUGGCCCUCUGGCAGUGUUAUGGGCGCUAUCUGCAGCAGUUCAGCUCGGUCAGCACUGAUGAAAUCACAGACGUCGAGCAGUUCAAAAGAAUCUUCUUCCCUCAAGGGUUUGAAGCAGAGACUGCAGGUUUGACAUUCCGCAGUCUGCAGGGUCAAGGGAUCUGCUGCUACCAGCUGGUGAAGGAGAGUGCGGGGAGCCUGCAGCACCAGAGCUCAGUCCAAACCUUGCUGAGGAUCCUGGCCUUCCAGCGCCUCAUCAUGCAAGCUGUGCUGCCCCACGAGAAGCUCUGCUGGCUGCUGUACAACGGUACCAUCCAUAUCUACACAAUCUCCAGGCACCUGAUGGCUAUGGGCCAUUCUGCUAAGGUGAUGGAGUACUUGCUGUGGGCCAGUGUGUGCAUGGAGACCUCGGUGCCUCUGCUGACAGUGCGCUACCUGCCCUGGAGGAGCACUCUCUACAGCGCUGUGUGCCAGUGCUACUACGACUGCCAGGCUGGCCUACAUGCUGAGGUGUUUGCUCGCAGAGCCCUCAGUAAGAUCAAUGAGCUAAGCAAGCUGGAGGAGAUGAGCACCUCCAGACAGAGUGCUGAAGUGGAGAGAGCCUUCAGGGAGGCCACUGUGAAGGUUGCUGUCAUGGUGUUUAAAAGAGCUGCCUAUGAACCCAGGAGGAAACCCAAAGGGCUCUUCCGCCCCAAACUCAAGAGUAACCUCAAAGAAGUGCAAUUUCUGCCAUGGCCACGGACAAGUUCGGAGCGCUUGCUGAUGGAAAUGUUUGACGGCAGUGCAGCGCAGUUCCUGGCCCUGCUGGAGGCUCUGUGGGACAGCUCCCGCCGGCUCCUGCAGACGGGACACUCAGAGGAGAACGAGGUUGCUGAGGUGGCCCUGGAGCUCUUCUCAGCAGGGAUUGACAUCCUGGAUGGUGGAGGAGGCUCACAGGGGGUAGAGGGAGGAUCAGUGAGGAGGACCUCCCCCAUCACCGGCAUCAAAACAGAGAAAACCCUGCUGCAGCUCGCAGUGACUGGUGAAAACGGGGUGUCAGUGGAGGGAGCGGUGAAGCUGGUGAAGCUGGCUUUCCACUACGAGCAGUGGGAUUCCUUUGACCACAUCGUUCACCCAGUCAUCGGAGUAUUGCAGAAACUCAAAGAGCCUGUCUGGAAGAAAGAGGAGCUGGACCUUAAGCUGCUCAUAGCCGUGGAGCCACUGUAUUCGGGGCACAGACAGAGAUACGGGCCGAGUGACAGCUCUGCGCUGGGGAAACCUUCACAGAGUGAGAGAGACAAGCCCAGUGGUCCUGGCUGUGGGGUGGAUGAUCUCCUGAACGUGGCAGAGACUGUGUUUGCCUGCGUUUGCACGCCAUUGCAGGGUGUGAAGCCAGACCGGGACAUGGUGGUGGAUGUGGUGCUGUUGCUGUAUCAGAAAUGCAAAGCUGUGUUCCAGCGUGUGCAGACAGGAGCCAGCGACUCCCUCCGAUACCUGCAGAGACUGGACAACCACAGAAAGUGGGUGCGAGUCCUGUGGCUGUUGAAUGAAGUGACUCACAGCUGUGACAUUGCAGACAUGGACCCAGCGGUCAUGGCAGAGGUGGCCCUGAGACUGGCCAUGGUGCUGGAGAGCAGCGCUGAAUCUGCUGGGAGAACAGUGCGGACAUCCGGUAAGCCCCAGGAGAAGCCUGAAUUCCUUGUGCCUGCUCAGACAGGCCCGCGGGAGCCUCCUGCUCUUCUGAAGAGCUCUCCAGCGGAGCAGUUCCUGGCUGCCUACGAGGUUCUGGACAGGGCUGUUGACAGCAUUGCGAGAUCGCGAGCUGCAAACACUGUGCCAGAUGGGACGGCAAUCACAGACACCAUCCGCGUGCAGUCUCUGUGUUCAAUGGAACAGACAUUGGCAGUCUCCAGAGAAUUGGAUACCGACCCUGUUAGUAAACCUGGACCCAAAGCCGUGUCCAUCCAGAGCUUCAUCAUGGACCUGAAUCUGGAGCUGAUCAGCGCUCAGCACAGAGUGGCCAUCAAACUGCUCAACUCCACCAGCGACCUGAACAACAUGGAGUAUAAAGAUACAAAAUCACUGAAAGCAUCAGGCAGCGUUGGAGCUUCUUCACAGAUCCUGCGCCUCUCCACAGAAUCAGACCUUUCUGACAUAGUGAAGAAGAAUAAGAUCUCCAAGGCCCUGUUUCUCAUGCAGAAGGCCUUGCUGUCUCCCAGCAAAGAAAGAAGCAGCCCUGGAACAAAGCAGCUCCUGGAGGAGGCUUUCACUUUGAUUCAGAGCGCUGAAACCGAAGAGAAGAAGUUAUUUUUAUUAAACAGUCGGCUGCAGUCGAGGGAUCACAGGGAGGGUGGUGUUCUAGCAGCUCCCGUUCUACUGGCCAGGUCACACCGAACCAUGAUCUUCAAACCCGCGCCUUUCAACUCAGAGGAGAAGGUUUUUUGGUAUCGGAUUUUCGGUCGCUCAGUGACAGGAAGCAGCCUGAAAGUGAGGCUGAACGACUGCCGGCUCCGUGGCACUGGAGAGGAGGUCCCUGCUGUGGGGGAGUGCUUGCUGAAAGUGGAAGGCCUGCAGCCCAAUGAGAAGUACAUCUUUGCUGUGGCUGCGUACAGGGCAGACGGGUCCCUGGUUGGAGAUUCCAUUGGAGAAAGCACUAAGCCCAUACUGGCAUGCCCUCCGCUUCCCCUGCUCACUGCCUGGGCACAACUGGCACAGGCAGCGUACCAGGCUGGUCAGUACCCUGUGUCGAAGAAGGCAUUCCGAGUGCUGUGGGGACACUUUGCCUGCACUCCUCCCUCGCAACCUGACAGCACUGCAGGCUCCUCUGCCAGCAAGCUCGAGAGCCGGGCACAAGCGAGGUUAUCAGCAGAGGCAGCUUCCCAGGCCUCCCCACUCCUCCUUCAGCUCUUUCUGGGGAGCAUCUUCAUGCAGUGUGACAUCCACGUCCAGGAGCAGGCGCUUUUCUGUGACUCACUGAGUGACAGCGGCCCGCUCAUCUGGGGUCAGGUUGCCAGGCUGGCGGAGUGUGAGAGAAUGCUGGUGGCUCUGGAGCUCGCACUGUGGCUAAAUGAUCAGAGCUACUCCCUGCAGGCUGUGCUGCAGUGCUAUGGUCUGCUGGCUCCUUUGAUCUAUCACAAGAUACCCUAUGUGCCAGUAAUAAAGGUCUUGAUCAAAUGCCUGGCUGUUUUACAAGAUCUUCCCAGCGCUUUCAAGCAGAAGCGUCCAGCUGGCACAGCAGAGAGCCUCCGCCACAUGGUGGCCUGCAUGACCUGCUACACAGCCAAGGUGCUGCGAUCCUGGCAGGAGAACAAGAUGGCCUUGUCUGUGAUUGACCUGGGGAAGAAGCUCCUUCAGGAGACCAGCGACGGCAGAGCCAGCUCCCCUCUCGGGGGCCAAAACAAGCUCCCAGACCCCAGUGGGGGGUCAGAGAGAACAGCCCAGUCCAAGGCCAGUGGCAAGGCACAGGGUAAGAAACCCGCAGCACACUUAGAGGAGCAGCUCAGCGAGCAGCUUCAGGCUUUGGAAGGCAACUUGCUGAAAAUGAAAAAACAAGGGGACCAAGACUUGACAGGACAUGAAGACCCCUCAGCCCUCUACUCUGUCAUAUACAGGUCCUCGUUAAAAGUGGCCUACAAGGAAGUGCUGAAGUUCAAGCGACGCGGCCGGUUCCUGGAGUUCGUGGUGCAGGUGAUGCAGAGAGCUGUGCAGGAGGACCAGGUGGAAUUAGCUCUGACCUGGGGGCAGGAGGUUUACAGCUGGCUCAACAGGAGGGACGCAGCUCUGAGAGUCAGUAAGAAGGGCGCCGGGACUGAACCCCCGGGGGGGCAUGCUGGAGAGGAGGUCAAGAGGUACACAGCGGCUGUGGCUGAGUACAAGCAGAAAGGAAAGCCGCAAUCCCAAACCACUCCCAGGACUGAGAAGAAGAAGGGAAGCAUAAACCGGAAACAGACAGGUCCACAGAGGAGUCAAGAGAUUUCGAGCCGGGACUGGAAAGCCAUGGAGCCCCUGGUGGCUCUGCUGUCCCCCAUGGUGCUCGGGUUCCUGCAGCGCAGGCAGCUUCGCCAGGUGUGCGCAGAUGAGUGUCCCUGGCGCUGCCAGCUCAACGUCGUCAUCGCCCUCGGAAACUUUGCCAUCUUCGGGAAGUGCCUGGAGCAGUGCCGGCGCCUCGGCAGUGAGAGUUACAGCCAGCUAGACCCUGCGCUUUUCUCCCUCGACAACGCUGGGACAGUAGUGGAACACCGAAGCUUGGCUCAGAGAAGCUGGCGCCCAGAUCAGCUCAAAACAGCACCCAAACCACCCAGCAAGCUGCCAGCCAGGAAAGGGACCAUGUCUGGUGCUGAAUUGAUUGAGAGUGACAGCGAGGGAGAGGUGGACACUCCGAGGACACAGCUGACCAACGAUAUUGGGUCCACAUAUAGAAGUUCCUCCAGCAAGUCAGUGAGGAUGAAUGUGUUGGCAGUGGAACAGCUGGACAAGGCAAUGCUACACUUCCGCAGAGCUGUGGUGCUGGCACAUCGCGGAGGACACUGGGAGUGUCUGCAGGGGGUGUGCCGCUCGCUGUGGGACCGAGCCCGGCUGGCUUCAGCACUCCUGGACAGAGCAGGGGGCUCCGUGGACCAGCCCUCACUGACCCAUGAUCAGCUCAGCUCCACCCUCACUCCAGUCCUCUUCCUGGCUUCUGACUGCCUGCUCGACAUGCUGAUCCAGCUGCAGGACUCCCACAGCGCGCUGCAGCUCCUCCAGGCCCCGGGGGUCUUCAGCAUCUCCAGCUGUGUGGGGGACGCAUCCUGGGAGGAGGGGGGCUCCGGGCUGCAGUGGGACUCCUCUCUGGAUGACGUGACGAUGGUGGAUCUAAAAUGGGUGCGGGCUUUGGUGCUGUACACUCUGGAGUUACUGCACCGGCAGAAGAGGUGGGAGAGCCUGGCAUACCUCGCCAUCCACUUCAAUGCCAUCACGCAUGAGAGGUACACCCUGCAGGUGACCCCUCUGCUAGUCCACGCUCAGAGGAAGCUGCUGAAGAGGAUCGAACAGUUUGGGGGCCCUCAGGCGCCUCAGCCACACCUACUGAGAGCUGCUGGUGACUCCGGGGAAGGAAUAACCAGCCGGAACUUUGUUGGCAAACAGCUAUUGAUUGGAACCCUCUCGAAGGAGGAGAUCGGACCAGGCAGCCACAUUGAUCCAAAGGGGGAAAACGCGUACUCAGAUGGCAGGAGAGCGAAGGCCCUGGUUUCGGUGCCCCUGGAUGUGACAGACACACUGAGCUGCUUCCGAGAGUCCCUGGAGAAGAUGCACUACACCAGUCGAGCGCUCCAGCACAGCCGCAGGCUGCUGGUGCUCUUCCUGGCUCACACGCAGCAGGACGCAGAUGUGCUGAACACGAAGGACAGCGGCAGGAUGUGUUCAGGGAAGGUGGAGUUCAGUGUAGGGGCAGCACAGCCCCCUCCUCCCUGCCCUCCAGACCUCUUCACUGAGGAGUUCAGCAGCCUGUCCUCCACGCAGAGCAAGCCUCUCCCUCGUUCGCAGCUCUCUGCGGUCAUUGCCUCCUAUUGCAAGACCAUCGAACUGCUGCAGGCCAGCAAGCAGGAUUCUCUGAGAGCUCAGGCUCUGCAUGAGCUGGGAAACUUGCACUUCUAUAAUGGAAACAAAAGGGCUGCCUAUACCUGCUGGAGCCAAGCUCUGGACUCGGCUCUGACCCAGCCCGGGGUUCUGACCUCGUGGAAGGAGAGUGCGGACGGCUCCGAUCACAGUGAAAGCUUCCUGCGGCGGGCGGGGAUCUGGGGCUGUCUGCAAGGGGCAGUGCUGACAGCUAAAAUCGCACAGUACAUCCUGACAUCAGACAUCAGCCAGCAGACAGAGUGCUGCAUCCUCUCUGCCCUGCUCUUCAAGGCACUUCUGAGGGCCUCUCUGCCCCACCCCUGGCUGGACCGGGACUGCUCCUCCUAUGGGCUGGGUGAGGGCUGGGACAUGCUGGAGCUGAUCCCGGGCGUGGAUCUGUUCUCGGACCGGUACCGAGCUGAGAUCGGCAGCACCGUGGGCAGCCUGGCCUUCCUGACGCAGCGGCUCCACAACACAGGACACAGCCUGACAGUUCUGCCCUUACUGACUCUCUACGAGUACUUUGUCUCAAAAAUCUGCCAAGAUUCCCAAAGAACCGUUGAGUGCCGAAUACUGAAGGUGGCAGUGCUGACAGAGUUGCGGCUCUAUGGGGAUGCAGUGAGGGAGCUCCUCAGCCUGCUACAUGGGGAGAGGAUCCCCAAGCUCACCGGGGGCACCUGCCUCCCCGAGAAACGCAUGGUCAAAAAAAAGUUUGACACAAGCAAACCUUUGCUGGAUCCUGGGAAUGUGCAGACCCUGGAUGAGCUGCUGACUAAGCAGCUGAGUUCAGAGCUGCCUGUGCUGUUCAGCCCCAGGCUGGUGAGGAGUCUGAACCUGGUGAAAGCACAGCUCCUCAGCUCGCUGUGCACCACCAUCAACGAGUUUCCCAAAACACAAGAGUGGGAGCCAAAGGGGUCAGUAGAGGCUCCUGUAGACCUGAAGCAGAGAGAGCCUCCCUGCCUGCUGCUUGAAGCACAGAACAGCAGACUCACAGCGGCCAGACUCAAGGGUUUUCUGCUGGGGGAGGCUGCAUGCACUCUGUUCUCUCUCCUGGAUGGCCUGAACACAGAUCAGGACCCUGUGCUUUCCCAGCUUCCUGCAGCCAGCCUAGAGAGUGCUGUGGAGGCAAGACUGCUGCUCUCUGCUAUCAGCCUGCAGCAGGGCAGAGCAGCUGGCAGUGCUGCCCUGGCUCUCUCUGCAAUGCGCCUGCUCCAGGACUCCCCAGUGUUUGUGAUGAAGAGCCCCCCUGCCCCCCGCCCCGUCUUCUCCGCUCUCAGGGUGCCGGGACGCAAGAAGAAUUGGCAGUGUGAGGAUGAUUCAGUGCCAGUGCCCAGUGAUCUGCCCAGCAAUACUGAAGCCCGGGAGCGGAUGGGGGUGUCCCUGUGGCUAAGGUGCCGCCUGGCUGUGCUCCGAGCCCUGAGUGCACACAUCCCAGCAGUGGCAAUCCACCAAGGUAGAGAUCACACGGUGGACUCUGCCAGCCUGCUGAGUGAGGGCAUUGCCGAGGCCAAGGCCAGCAAGGAUACUGAGACCCAGGCAGAGCUGUUGCUGCAGGCUGCAGUGCUGGACACACAGGAGGGGCGGCCCCAGGAGGCCAUCAUCCCAAUGCUGCAGGAGGCAGUCAGUCUGCUCUCAGGGAGGAGCUGUCUUUCCCCCCGGGCCGGCCUCACCCUGGCCAUAGCCACCAUCCAACUGAGUGACCUGAAGAGGAGCGGGCCGGAGAGCAGCGUGACGGCUCACACACACAGCCUGUACACCAUCGCACAGAGACUGCUGCAGCAACAGCUGAUAACGCUGGGGGAGUCGGUGGAGCUCGGCGAGGGAGGUGCCGUGCUCAUCAACCAGUCGACAGCCCUGAAAAACAUCUACCUCCCGCACAUCCCCCUGCUGGCCAAGGUCACCCUCAGGCUGGGCCAUGCGGCAGCGCAGAAGGCAGCUUGUUCCUCUGGCAGGGAGGGGUCCCUUCAGUGGAGAGCAGCUCACCAGGUCCUGAGCUCUGCCCUGGAGCUCUGCCGUGCCUCGGGGACCAGGGAGGGGGACCUGGAGGCAGAGAUCCUCUUCCAUAAAGGUAUUGUCGAACGCCGCCUGGUCUAUCUCAGUGACUUCAAGCCCUUAGCUGCAAUCGAGAGCUUCAUGGAAACCAUUGCUGUCAGCAGAACACAGCAUGAGAAUAUUAUACUCCUGAGAAGGAGCUACCUGGAGAUCGCUCUGCUCUACCAACACCUGUCCACCAAGCAUUCCCUCAAGCCCCUGGAGAAAGGAAAGACUAAAGAAAAACCAGCCCUUUCCCCUGUGCCACCAGCCAAGGGGACUGGGAAACAAAAGCAGGUUGUAAGCAAAGGGAAACAGAAGACAGACGCAAUGAAACCCCCAGAGGUGGUGGAGCUCAACCAGCUCCUGUCCUGGGUCGCGGUGCGAGCGGCAGCACAGGUGAGUGAGGCCAGUAUGCAGCGUGCCCUGCUGACGGGAGGGAGCUGCGAUGAAACCAAACCUCUAGCGCGCUCCACCCUGCGCCACCUCCCUGACUUCACACUCAGCGAUCUGCUGGCCUCGUACACAGACUUCCAGCCCGGAGAGUACAAGCAGAUCUUCGGGGAUCUGCUGGGACCCAGUCAACAUGAGAGGGAGGCAGGCCCGGGGGACUGCGAGAGCAGUGAGAGUGCUGGAGAGCUGACCUGGAGCCACAUCAUCCGCUACCUCCACCACCUCCUCCAGCUCUACAGCGUCAGCACGCUCCCAGUGGAUUCCCCUUGUGAAGACAGAGUGUGCAGCUCAGUGUUGGACACUGGGCUGACCUUGAGGCUGGCUCACCUGCACAGCUUCCUCUGCACUCACCUGUCUACAUACCAAGCCCAGUGCAGCUCUGCAGAGCCCCCCUCACAGCUACUGCAGAAGAGUCCUGCACAGCCCCAGGCAGCAGCAGGUGAAGCAGUGGAGGAGCAGCUUGCUGACGGUUUGGACAGAGACCGGCCCACACUCCUCUUUGCCACCAGCACAGAGGAGAGGGAGCUGUGUGUGCAGUGGUACACACCAGCGCUGGAGAGGAGCCACGCACAGCCAAUGGUGCUUCUGCUGUAUGCCUACAACACUAAGCCUGUCACUGCGACCAGCCCUCCAAAAGCCAGCCUCACUGACCUCAGCUGUGGGCACAAGUGGAUCUCGCUGCUCGGGCUGCAGUCCCUUCAUGAGAAGCUGUGCUCUGUGCGGGUGGAGGCAGAGCUCUCUAUGUGCCACACCGCCCGACUUGAGAAGAAGAACCGCCCCCGGACCCUCGAAAAGGAGCGCCCCCACAACUCCCAGCUCCAGGACCAGGUGAAGCUGUGCUGUGAACACGUGAUGUCCCUGCUCCUGUCUCCUUCAGAGCCACAAGAGCUCACUGAGCUCCCCUUUGAGUGGAGCCUGCAGUCCCUCUGUGAUCUGGAGCGGAUCUUCGACCCCGCGCACAGCUGCCUGCUGACAGGAGGCAGCGUCUUCGACUGGAUCACAGCCCUGCUCAGAUGAGCAACUGGAACACACCUACACUUUCAUUACCCUAUUUAUAUUCUACUUGCCUUUACUGUUUAAUGAAAAUAAACCAAAUCAUUUUU